CCGGGAUGGAGGAAGAGAGAGACAAAAGCCUUAGCGGGGUCGAGGGUAUUGCCUAUGAAGACCCUGCAUAUACCUUCACUCAUAAGGAAUACUGAAUAUUAAAAUUGCUGGUGUCUUCCUGUGUUCUGAGACCAGGAUCCAUGUCCUCCCCUCCGUAGUCCUUGCCAUAGCUGAGUGCCUGGCCAGACAGUAAGGAUUGUAUCUUGGAGCCGCUUUCGCUGCCAGAAAGUCCAGGUGGCACCACCACUUCAGUAGGUUCUCCAUCUGUGCCUUGUAUUUUCUGUGAAGAACAUUUUCCUGUGGCUGAACAAGACAAACUUCUGAAGCACAUGAUUAUUGAGCAUAAGAUUGUCAUUGCUGAUAUUAAGUUGGUUGCCGACUUCCAGAGAUACAUUUUAUAUUGGAGGAAAAGGUUCACUGAACAGCCUGUCACAGAUUUUUGCAGUGUGAUAAGAAUUAAUUCCACAGCUCCAUUUGAAGAACAAGACAAUUAUUUUUUGUUGUGUGAUGUUUUACCAGAAGAUAGAAUCCUUAGGGAAGAGCUUCAGAGACAGAGACUGAAAGAAAUUCUAGAACAACAGCAGCAAGAACGGAAUGAUACUAGUUUUCGUGGCAGUUGUAUGUUUUGCAGUGAAGAAUUCCUUGGAAACAGAUCUGUUCUUUUGAAUCACAUGGCCAGAGAACAUGCUUUCAACAUCGGAUUGCCAGACAACAUUGUAAACUGCAAUGAAUUUCUGUGUACAUUACAGAAGAAACUCGACAAUUUGCAGUGCCUGUACUGUGAGAAGACCUUCAGAGAUAAAAACACACUUAAAGAUCACAUGAGAAAAAAACAGCAUCGUAGAAUCAAUCCAAAGAAUAAAGAAUAUGACCGAUUUUAUGUCAUUAAUUAUUUGGAGCUGGGAAAAUCAUGGGAAGAAGUUCAGUUGGAAGAUGAUCAGGAGUUGCUCGACCAUCAGGAAGAUGACUGGUCUGAUUGGGAAGAACACCCUGCCUCUGCUGUCUGUCUCUUUUGUGAAAAGCAAGCAGAAACAAUUGAGAAACUGUAUGUUCACAUGGAGGAUGCACAUGAAUUUGAUCUCCCCAAAAUAAAAUCAGAACUUGGAUUAAAUUUCUAUCAACAAGUAAAACUGGUCAAUUUCAUUCGAAGGCAAAUUCACCAAUGUAGAUGUUAUGGCUGUGGUAUUAGGUUCAGUUCCAAAGCAGAUUUAAGGAUUCACAUGGAAGAAAAUAAACACACUUCAUUACUUCCUGAAAGAAAGAUAUGGGACCAGCUGGAGUAUUAUUUCCCAACCUAUGAAAAUGAUACUCUACUGUGCACACUCUCCGACAGUGAAAGUGACCUGACCCCUCAGGAACAUAACGAACAUGUUCCCAUCAUCAGCGAAGACACAUCUAAACUGCAUGCGUUGAAACAAAGCAGUGUUUUGAACCAGUUAUUACUACAAGAGUCCUUGAAAAGCUAAAAGAAACUGAAGAAGUGACUUUUCCUGGUGUUCUGAGAUAGACACACAAGAGCAGUUUAAAUUUGUGUAUCAGCAAAGGAUUAGUUCUUAGUGAAUCAAAUUUGGGUAAAGAGCCACAAAAGGAAAAGAAAAUGGUCAAAGAUCUGGAUAAUGCACAAACUGAAUACUAUUUUCAUAUAAUCAAGAAUCGACCACCAGGCAUGGUGUAGAGGCCUGUAAUCCCAGUACUCCGAAGGCUAAAGCAGGAAGAUCACCAGAGUUCAA